CUUCGCAGAUGACUUGUGUGUCGUUUCAAUCCAACCUCCCCGACACUGCCAAUACCCUCUACCCCCAGCUUGCGGAAGUCCAUGUAGGACUGCUCUCUACCUGCCUCGACUCGCUCUGAUCCACCUUGUUUGCACGGCCGAACCUAAGAGCCACAAAACGAAGCCUUCAAUUCAUGAACACAACCUAAAGAGGAACCACCACGCCCGCCCCUUACCAUAACGCUGCACAUACUCCGCGGUCACACACGAGGUUGAGCCAAGAUGAAGUUCCUCACACUCUCCCUGCUCAUCCCCAUCGCCUACCUCUCCAUCCUGAUCGGCAGCAUGGCCACCUUCUCCCACCUCUACCGCCAAAGACAAGUGAAGAAGAAACUGCGGCUGGCGCCGUACUUCCCCCCGCACACGACCCGCAACAUCUACCUGUCCCUGCUCCACGUGCAAGACGACGGGAACACAAAGGUGCCCGACUCGGUGCUGCGCGCGGCGCUCCUGGCCCGGGCGUGCGACGACAUCCGCCGCAUCAUGGAGGUGCGGAUGCGGAAGCCCGCGCUGGCGGCGCUGCUGCAGCGGGGCGUGGUCGGCGACGAGAUCUUCCAGCGGCUGCAGCGCGCGGAGCAGGAGCUCGAGCUCGAGCUGAAGGACGUGGUCGCCGAGGCCAACGCGCUGAGCGGGUCCGGGGGUCCGAACGGCACGCCGGGCACCUGGGGCCACUCGAUCUUCCAGAGCGCCAACGAGAUGGUGCAGAACCAGAUCCUGCGCGACAAACUGGACGCCAUCAAGAAGACCCUGCCGGAGGAGAAGGAGAGGUGGGAGAAGCAGCGGGAGACCGCCAGGCGGGAGCUGCUGGGCGGCGACGACGCAGGAGCAGCAGCGGCGGCGGCGCCAGCGAGCGACAAACCUGCUACCGUCCCCACUCCGACCGCUGCAGCAAAGACGGCCCCCAAAGCCGCCACGGCAAGCAGCGAUGAGGAUGGUGUCAUUGUGGAAACACCCGCCGCGGAAGUGUCGACCGGUGGCAAGCAGAAAAAGAAGAAAGGCAAGAAAUGAGCCGGGGAAAGCCAUGCCAUUGUACGAUAUUGAUUUUCUUUUCCCCCCUCUACACGCUUUUUGUCGUUUGCUUGAAAGUUUGGAGUCUACAAAGGGGGAAGGGGGUUGCAUUAGCAGGAAUGAAUCGAGGCAUUUUCCGCGUUCCAAAACCCAAAAAAGAACGCUCUCUUUUCAGGAGAACAGGCGAAGGGUCUCUCUGGUUGGAGGGGGCUCAUGCUCUCUAUACGCGCUAUGAUACAGAUUACGUAGAUGUCAACAGUAUAUAUCCGAUGGGAGAUGGUUGAUCCGUCUUCUAAACCUGACCUGACCCGGCUCUCCCGCGUCAGAAUGAUCAUAUUGUUGUUGCUGU